AGCCAAAUAGCUCUUUUUUUUUCCCAUAUCUAAAAAUCCGUGACGCCCACGUUUCCACGCUACAAAACCACUUGAAAAAACCGUGACCUUUCCCGAGCAAAAAAUGGUCGGUGGAUUAACAAAAUUUCCAAAAAUCUCAACAAAGCUACUAAACAUAUCCAUCGACUCCCUCUGCAAAUCCCGAAACCUGCACAAAGCCGAAUCGCUACUCACAGACGGAAUCAGACUAGGCGUCCUCCCCAACGUCAUCACUUACAACACCUUACUCAACGGCUACUCCCGCCUCGUCGGCAUCGACGAAGCCUACGCCGUCACCCACCGUAUGAGAGAAGCCGGCCUCAAACCCGACGUAUCCACCUACAACUCCCUCAUCUCCGGAGCCGCGAAACGCCUCUCUCUAACCCGCGCACACCACCUGUUCGACGAAAUGCUCCGCUCGGGUCUGUCUCCGGAUAUGCUGAGCUACAACACUCUCAUGUCUCUCUACUUCAAGCUAGGGAGACACGGAGACGCGUUUCGUGUUCUUAACGAGGAUCUUCAUAUGGCCGGGCUGUCUCCUGGUGUUGACACUUACAACAUUCUCCUCGACGCGCUCUGCAAGAGCGGGUAUAUAGAUAACGCCGUUGAGCUCUUUAAAAAUAUAAAGAGCCGGUUUAAACCCGAGCUGAUGACUUACAACAUUCUCAUCAACGGUCUUUGCAAAUCGAGGAGAGUUAGUUCUGCGAACUGGAUGCUGAGGGAGCUCGAGGAAGCGGGGUACACUCCUAACGCUGUUACGUACACGACGAUGCUUAAAAUGUAUUUUAAGACGAGGAUGGUUGAAAAGGGGCUGAAGCUGUUCUUGAAGAUGAAGAAAGAAGGGUAUACGUUCGACGGUUACGCGAGUUGUUCGGUUGUUAGUGCUUUGAUUAAGACAGGGAGAGCAGAGGAGGCGUAUCAGUGUAUGCACGAGCUGGUGAGAAGCGGGAGAAGGAGUGGGGACAUUGUUUCUUACAACACUUUGUUGAAUUUGUAUUUUAAAGAUGGGAACUUGGAUGCAGUGGAUGAUCUGUUAGAGGAGAUAGAGAGUAAAGGGUUGAAGCCUGAUGAUUACACGCAUACGAUUAUAGUCAAUGGUUUGUUGAGUAUAGGACAUACGGGAGGAGCUGAGAAGCAUUUGGCUUGUUUGGGAGAUAUGGGGAUGCAGCCGAGUGUUGUCACUUGUAACUGUUUGAUCGAUGGGUUGUGCAAAGCGGGUCAUGUAGACCGUGCGAUGAGGUUGUUUGCGUCGAUGGAGAUUAGAGAUGAGUUUACUUACACUUCUGUUGUGCAUAAUCUAUGCAAAGAUGGGCGGCUUGUGUGCGCUUCGAAGCUGCUCUUGUUGUGUUAUAAUAAAGGAAUGAAGAUUCCGUCGUCGGCAAGACGAGCUGUGUUGUCGGGUUUGCGGAUGACGGUAUCUUACCAGGCAGCGAGGAUGACAGAUCACAAAAUCAAAGCUGCUAUUAAGUGCAAUGCACUAACGGAUACUUAAGAUACUGAAAGGUAUUUAGAGAAAAGUUCUUGAUCUAUGACAGGGGCUCUUUUCAUACUAGAUUCUAGUGGAUAUUUGAUAAGUCUCUCUUGGAGCUAGAGAGUCUUAUUUUAUCUGCAUCAACAGAGUCCUAUCUUAUCUUCAGACAAAAGUCAGGUUAUAUUAUGAACUUCUGAUUAAUGAGUUUUUUUCCUAUCACCUGUGGAGAAAAGCAUGUAAAACAGUUACUUGUCGCCCUUACGUAAAGCUUCUUGUUUUUUUUUCUCUGUGUAUAUAUAGCUGAUGAGAUUGAUUUUGGCUACAGAGAUGUAUUAUUAACUUAAGAGUUAACUGGAUUGUAACAAAGAGCUUCUUGACCAUAUU